AUGUCGGGAGUUUACGACCUGCAAAAGAAGUAUGACGACCUCCCUGACAAACGGCGUUACUGGCCCACACCAGCAGGGUCGGCGGAGCCGCACUCAUCCCUGUGGAAUGGUCUGCGUCAUUACACUGCCCAGCGCCUGACGUCCGAGGACCAGAACCGUCGAGUGUUCUACGAGGGGACUACGGCGGACGAGAUACUGGACACUAACUCGACGCGCAUUGGCAUUGGAUACUGGACCAAGUGUGUUGCCGGUCGAGGCGUGCUGAUUGAUUAUCUCUCGUGA